CUCGGCCGUUGCGCUGGUCCAGUCCCUCUUUUUUUUUUUCUUUUUUGCAUUUCUGCCCUCAAACUCAACGCUCCACACCGCAUCCCACACCAUGUUCGCGCCUAUGAUGACCACAAUGAGCCCUAACAUCCCCUCCUGCCCGCCAAUGGAGCUCUCCUACUCGACAAGCAGCGAAGAAUCGAUGCACUCCGCCGUCGGAUACUUCAAUCCCGCCAUGUACGCCAUGGCCGCGGCAGAGCUGCCCCUCAGCCAGCCGGCCUUCGAGUCCUCCUCCUACGACUCUUCCUCGUACGACUCCUCCUUCGGGUCCCCCGUCACCUCCUCGCCCUACGACAACACCUACUACAACUUCACGCCCGCCAUCGUCUACUCGCCCGAAGCGUACACCUACCUGCAACCGACCUCGAUCCCGCAGCCCAGCGCCGAGUGGAUUUCCGCGCAAUCCGCCAGCCCGAUCGACGAGACGGAAUUUUCUCCAGUCGAGACGUACGACGCGCUCGACGCCAACAACCGCCCCCUCAAGCCCUACACCUGCCACGACUGCAGCAAGGCGUUUACGCGUCCGGCCGACCUGAAACGGCAUCAAACGAGCGUCCACAACCCCGUGUUUCAGGACUGUCCGGUGCAGGAGUGCCUGCGCAAGGACGGAAACGGGUUCCCUCGUCGUGACCAUCUCAUCGAGCACCUCCGCUCGUUUCAUCACUGGGAUGUGCCCAAACGCCGCACCACCAAGCGGGCCCGCACCGCUUGAACCAAGUUCACCUUCCAAGUUCAUGUGUCUCAUGCCAUGAUGCUGUGCUGUGCUAUGCUGCUGCUACUGCGAGCUAUAUACCCAACCUGCCUUGCUUGCCUUGUCUUGCCUCGCUCUUAUAUUAAUGUGCCUCUGAUGCCAUGAUGCUUUGCUUCAGGGCAUCUUACGUCCGUCUAUGUGUGUUAUGCUUCUCAUGUUUACUACCUUACGUUAUGUUAUGCUGUCUAUGACCUGGACGGGGACGGCGUUCGGAUUUACUCUUUUUCUUUUUCUUUUUUUUUUCUUAUGUUUUUUUCCUUUGUCUCAUAUACCAUUUCUUGUUCGGGUGGCCAAUAUACAUAGAUAUGGCACAUGUAUUACAUACGAUCUUAAAUAAUAAUUUUUUGAUGAUGA